AUGAAGUAUUUGGCUGCUUAUUUAUUGACUACAAUGGGUGGAAAUAAAUCGCCGACAACAAAAGACAUUGAGAACGUGCUUGGAUCAGUUGGACUUGAUGUUGAUAUGGAAGAUGCAAAUAAAGUGGUGUCAGCCUUAUCUGGAAAAUCCAUUAAUGAGGUAAUUACAGCUGGUCUGGCAAAAAUCUCAUCAGUGCCCUCAGGAGAUGCAGCAGCAGCAGUAGCUUCAGUCGCUUCAACAGCUCCUACUGGUGCAUCAGAGGCAGAAUCUAAAAAAGAAGAUAAGAAGGAGGAACCAAAAGAAGAAUCUGAUGAAGACAUGGGAUUUGGAUUGUUCGAUUAG